AUGGCAAGAUUCACCGUCAACUCCCCCAGUGCGCAUCUCACUCCAUACCCAAGCAGUCACAUUGCGCCUCGAAUCAAUCCUUUCUUGGCAUCUGCGGCUCCGUAUACCCCCGCUACGACCCCUCAAACACCCGUCAAUUAUAUAUACAAAGACGAUCUUGAUUGCGACGGAGAUACAGAUACCGAGUUUGGCUUUGGUGGUUCUUCGAGUACAGCUAUUUUCACGCUCGCAAAAUCUUCCGCUCCAAAGGUAGAGUCUUUACCUACCACCGUACCGCCAUCCCGACGCCAGUCCAUCCCAGACGUCGAUAUCUCCAAGGCAGAUUCGAAUUGGGAUUCAUCACCCGUCGAGAUCGAACCACAUCUUCAGUCUGUAUCAAAGAGCCUCAAUUCAUGCCCCGAACAGUAUCUUCAUAAGGAGGAAGAUCCAUCACCUCUAUUUUCUAGUCCACUAAAAGCUUAUCCACGCACCAAGCGCAAACUUGGAGCUGUUCAAAGAAGACCCCACCAACUACUUCCAUUUCACGAGAAAUCUUCAACAGGGGACAGAAACGGAAAAGGCCCCUCCAGACCUAGGAAGUCUGUUGUAUCAGCCGGCAAAUCCAAAAAUCUUGUUACAGACUCUGUUCUUGUUGUCAUAUUACUAGUCGUCAAUCUACCAAUCCCGGGAGAGAGGCUAAGAGCUUUAGAAGUCACUGGUCAUAUCAAGAGCUUUUACAUUCUAGCUUUUCCUGGAGAUAAUUCCCCAAGGUAUAUCAACGAGUCUGAACUUGGUCAGACCUUCUCAUUUUUUGGAAAGACUCGGCUACUUCGCUCUAUCCGCCCAGGAAGGUUCCCCUUUACUGAAAAGAUGGCUCCUAGCUACCGGAAUCAAAGCCGGCGUCAGACUAGGCCUGUUGAACACGACAUUUUUGAAGGGCUUCCCGUAAGACAAUGGAGGAAAGAGUACAUCACCAUUGCACCUCCAGCCUCCACUGAGACUUCUGCUGCUCAGAAUGAUAUAUGGGCUAUUGAGCUUCCUCACGGAAUGCCCAAGGACUCACAUCUACUACCUCAGCACUCCCAGGACCUUUUGCGUGCUGCUCGAUCUGGUAAACUCUAUGGAAAGCGAACUGCCCCAGCUGAAGAAGAGGAGAUUGACCCCGAAAUAACCCUUGGGGAGAAACCAGAAAAGAAGGAAGAUGACACCAAAGUUCAAGGAUACACGGUGAAGACUUGGAAGCAAUUACCUCGACAUAUGGAGGCGCCGGACAUCGACUAUCUUGCUAAGCGCAGAAAGAAUAUCAAAACGGUCACAACUAAACCGACAGCAGCACCAACUCUAACGAAAGCUACGGUGAAACGUAUAGAUGCCACGGGAGCAGAGUACUUGCAAGAUGUUGUUGUGCCAAAUGGGCAGGAGAUUGAUGGAGAAGUUGUCGCUCAAACCACAAUACCUGAUCCAAAUGCCAAACCGCUUGACCCAUAUGCUGCGCCAACGCCGUCGAGGAAGAAGGCGCCGAUAAAUAGAAAGAGGCCCAAGGGGCCAGGUAGAGGUAGAAAGAAGAAGCCAGCGCCUACGAGUGUGCCAGCUGUGGAAGGGAUCCCAAAUUCAGAGGGUGUAGUGUCCGGUCCAGAGGUGAGGUCAUUCUCCGAUGGAUGUGAAUCAACUAACAUUUUAAAGGGCGUUAAAACCCAGCCAGAUAAUGGUGCACCUACAGCGAAUAAUGAAGAUGUCGACAUGGGAGACGGUUCGAAUAUUGCUUCGGAUGAUGAGUCAGAAGGAGAGGAGGGUGAUGAUGAUGAAGGUUCGGAACUCGCUCAGGGUUCUCCUGCAAAACGCCAACGGACAUCCUCACCUGCCCAAUCAAGUCUUCCAACCAUGAAAGAGAUACCAGAUCUGGUCCCUUCACUCGCCUCUCCGGUCCCUCCAUUUGCCCAACUUGAAAAGGAGAAGCCGGAUGGAAGUCCAUUGAAACACAUAGCAAUUACAACAUCAACCCUUACAUCACCUAUCUCCUCACCCACAGCUACAGCAGCACCGCCUUUCCUGGAUCCAGCCUUGGCCCCUGUUCCAAUAGAGGGCGCCGAGAUUCCACCAGUCGAACCAACAACUCUUGACACUAUAAUGCAAGAAGCGGUCUCUGAAACGGCGCCUACGGAACUUCCACCCCCUCCAAAAGAAGCAACUAUUGUUGAGGAGGUUGCAGCCGUUGAGACACGACAAGAAGAGGAGGAAGAGGAAGAUAUGUUAUUGGACAUUGUUGAUAAUGCUAACAAUGCUCUUAUGGGUGGCAAGGUGCCGAAUGCUAUGGCACAACUCGAAGUCCCUGCUAGUGAACCAGUCGCUACAACGGAUCCUGAGGCUCCUGUUAGUGUGCCAGUCGCUGCUGCAGGCCCUGAAGUAUCGAUUCCGGCUGUCGAUGUUGAACCCGCUCAAGAACAACUAGAAUUAGAGUCAAUGGUUGCUGCCGAAGCAGCAGAGCCAGAACAUGAGCAGAUCGAACCGACCAAAGUGGAGGAUCCACUUGUUGAAUCGCCAAAGCAAUCAGGACAAACUACCCCAGCAGCGAUCAAGACCCAGAAAGCUACCAGUGAAGCACCCCCCUCGCCAGUGAAGGUACAGCCUGAGGUUGUCCCUGCCUCUGAGCCAGAAAAAGCACCAGAGACCGUUGAAGACGAGGACGACUUCCCAGAUCUGUUAGGUGGGUUGGAAAAGAGCCUGGGUAACCCUGCGCUUACGCGGACGUCCAUUCCCGUUGAAGAACCUGUAGUAGCUGAAGCUGUAAAGGAAAGUGGGGGUGGUGAUGCGGAUGCGGAUGAGGAUGAAAAGAAGGAUGAAUGA